GGAGGUCCUCUUACACACGGUCUCUACGCACGCAAGCAUAAAGUUCCACAUAUCAGUUGAUAGUGAAAGCUUGUUGACGGACUCACGGGAUGCACCUAGAGUGAAGAAACUGUAAGGGAAAAACAUACAGAUUGUACCGAUUGCAGGUGAUCAUAAAUACCAUGGGAUUCUGCUAUUCUUAGCGUUUUUGAGCACCUGAGGGCGUCAUGGCUGUCUUUAAACUUGAGAAUGUGGAGGACCUGUACGAGAUCGGCGAGGUGUUGGGCAGUGGUCAUUUCGGGCAGGUGCGUGAGGUGCGGGAGCGUGCCUCUGGGGCCCGCUGGGCGGGGAAGUUCCUGAAGAUCCGGAGAGGGGCGGGGAGCCGCCUGGGGAUGGAAAGAAAGAGUGUGGAGAGAGAGGUGGAGGUCUUGCAGGCGCUGCAGCACUACAACAUCAUGGCCCUCAGAGACGUGUUCGAGAGCAGGGCUGAGAUCGUCCUCAUCGUCGAGCUUAUCAGUGGAGGGGAGUUGUUUGACUUCAUUGCCGAGAAGGAGAGUUUAACGGAGACGGAGGCCAUAGAGUUCCUCAAACAAAUCCUGCAGGGAGUGAGCUACAUGCACAGCAAACACAUCGGCCACUUUGACCUCAAGCCAGAGAACGUCAUGCUGUCGAGCAAUACCCUGCCCAAUCCAGAUGUCAAGAUCAUAGACUUUGGCAUGGCCCAUCGCUUCAUCCAAGGGGAGGAGUAUAGGAGCAUGGGAGGCACCCCCCAGUAUAUAGCUCCUGAGGUCAUUAACUACGAGCCACUGGGCACAGCGGCCGAUAUGUGGAGCAUGGGCGUCAUCACUUACAUUCUACUGAGUGGUCUCUCCCCCUUCCAAGGGUACACUGAUGAGGAGACGUUACGCAACGUCGUAGGGAUGGUCUACGAGUUUGACGACCAGCACUUCAGUCAGACCAGCGCCAUGGCCAAAGACUUCAUCCAGAAGCUCCUGGUGAAGGAUCAGAAGGAAAGAAUGACAGCUGAAGAUUGUCUACUUCACCCAUGGAUUAAGCCUCUGACCAGGACACAAAUUGCCAAGCGGAACCGUUCCUCCAUCAACAUGAAGAAUUUCAAGAAAUUCAAUGCCAAGAGGAAGUGGAAGAUGUCUUAUAACAUGGUGUCUGCGUGCAACCGUCUUUGUCGUCUGCAGCUACAUUGCAAGACUAGCGCCUUGCAGGAGCAAGAGAUGAGGGCAACUGUAGAAAAAUGGGGAGAUUAUUCUGUGGAGAGAUAUUUUAGAUGUGAAAGUGCUCAACUAGACUUCCAUCUAUGUCACUCAGUCCAACUGAAAUCAUGUUCCAGAGACAGUGUGAGAGUGACCAAGAGGACACCGAAACCAAACCUGCUUCACUCCUCCGUCGCAGACUCAGCAGCAGUUCCUAAAACCACCAAGUUCCUAAAACCACCAGAGGGGGGCAGGCGCGACCUUUCCCUGUCCCGCACCAGACAUCCUGACCAGUAGGUGGAGCGAGAGGGACACAGCCCGGUACCUGGAGGUACCUCCAUUCUCCAACUGGGCAGACUCUACCAGUACAGAGUGCCCGCCGACAUCAGUUCAGCAAGAUGAAGCCUAACUGGGAGAUGUGAUGAACUUUCCCUCCAAGCUAAUAAUACAUAUCAGUAAAACACAUUUUUCCCUGUCGCAAAACACUUGUUCUUUGCUUUUAGCCACUAACACCAAAGUUAAAUUUGAUGCGUUAGCGCUAGCUGCCUAGUCGACUCUUCCAGUACAGUCUGAACAGCGUUCUCUUUUCAUAAAGGCAACAGUCCAACAGCCUGACCUCAAUAUAUAUCUCUCCUGAAGAGGAAAAACUAAUGGAUGUCCAUUUUUUAAGGACAGUCCCUAUAGUUCCUGAAUACUUUAGAAUCUACGUAGACAACUGCUUCAAAUUCAUAACUGCACAGUGUUCAAUGCAUGUGUAUAGCAUGCAAACCUCAGCUGCCAAAGCAGUCUUGUAUAAAUAUGCAUAUGUGCUUUUCAGUGUGAAAGUGAAGGAUAGGAUCACAUCAUCCCUGUGAACAGAGACUAUAGCAAAGAGCAGUCCAAUGAAGAGAAGAGAGGAGAGAGGAGGCUGGAGGAAUCUAAGUACUCACUGUGAAGACGUUUCUUUGGAAAAGCCUUGUGAGUUGCACGCUGGCACACUGUCUCUUAGCGGAAGAUAGCACACUUGAGUUGAAACUUUUGAUACAGAAUGGUAGCUCUGGAAUGGGGUGGAUUUUUACCCCAUGCACGCUUUUGGCUUUAACCCUGUGCCCUCACUGGAUAAACAUGCUUGUCAUGUUCAGUGUAUGCAUGCUCCCGUUACUGGACGUACUGUAUCCCACCCGUGCUGAGGUCUGGCUGAAGGUGUAUGGUCAGUUAUCCUCAGCUCUAAAGUAUAUUUUCAUCACAGUUGUAACAUUUGUAACACAGAAUGAUUUGAUAGCCAACGGUUAAUUCUGAUCACCAUGUACAUUGUAAAGAUUAUGUGCUUAAUUUGCAGAACAUGGACAGCGACAUGAAUAUGCCGGAGACAUAACUACAUACAUUAAACAUCAUAGGUUUUUAUCUUUUUCAGUUUAUGUCAGGAUCUCUUAGCAGGUUCUUGCUGUACUAGCAGUAUGGCUUUUUUU